AUGCUGGCGAUUAAAAGGUUGAAUCUGGAUGCUGAGUUAGUUGGAAAGAAGAGGAUAACACAGCUGCAUGAGUUAGAAGAGUUCAGGCUUCACGCCUAUGAGAAUGCUAAUUUGUACAAAGAAAAGACCAAGAGGUGGUGUGACAAGCAUAUUGUGUCACACACCUUUGAUCCUGAUCAAUUAAAGUUGUUGUUUUACUCACGAUUGAAGUUAUUCCCCGAAAAGCUUCGAUCUAAAUGGAGUGGUCUUUUUGAAGUUGUGAGGAUGACCCAACAUGGUGCAGUAGAGCAAAGGAACAAGGACAAGAGCUCUACUUUCCUUGUGAAUGGACAACGGGUCAAGCACUAUUUUGAAAAUGAUGUUGAUCGUGAGCUUGAAGCCCUCAAAUUGAUUGAUGAGUGA